AUGGGGCACCGCCGAUCCUUCAUUGGCUUCCAAGCCGGCUUCGGUGCUCCAGAGACUGGGCGCAGCGCCGCUGACCCUCGUGCUGAUUGGAAGGAGACCAGAGAACCUCAGUCACCUUCAAACUCUCUGAAACAUGAUUCAACAUGUAAGAAAAAAUUCAGCUGCUCUGAGUGUGGGAACAGAUUUACCUUCAAGUCACAUCUGAAGACACACAUGAGAAGUCACACAGGAGACAACUCUUUUAGCUGCUCAGUUUGUAAUAAAAUAUUUAGCCACACGGCAGCUCUGAAGAGACACAUGAGAACUCACACAGGAGAGAAACCUUUUAGCUGCUCAGUUUGUAAUAAAUCUUUUUCACAGACUUUUACUGAAAGUGGAAACCUAAAGAAACACAUGAUAACUCACACAGAUGUUGAGCAGUUGUCGGUGGUUAAAGAAGAGGUUCCCCCUGAGCAGCAGGAGUGUAGCUCCAGUGUGGACCAGCAGGAGCCAGAGCCCCCCCCACACAUUAAAGAGGAACAGGAGGAACUGUGGAGCAGUCAGGAGGGAGAGCAGCUUCAAGGGCUGGAGGAGGCUGAUAUCACCAAGUUCCCAUUCACUCCUGUCCCUGUGAAGAGUGAAGAUGAUGAAGAGGAAGCUCAGUCCUCACAGCUUCAUCAGAGACAAACUCAACACAUGGAAACAGAAGCUGAUGGAGAGGACUGUGGAGGACCAGAACCAGCCAGGAACUCACAUCCACUUUUACAACCAGAGACUGAAGACCAGACUGGAGACUCUUCUGAACCUGAGGCUGAUGACAGUGCUGAUUGGAAGGAGACCAGAGAACCUCAGUCAGCUUUAAACUCUCUGAAA